AUGUUUCUUUUAAUUUUAACUUUAAUUACGUAUACAACAGCAAGUCAAGUGUAUUUUCAAGGAAUCGAACUUCUCUCUGAUGUAAAUUAUAGUCAAUAUUUUAGUGGUAUUCCAGCUUGUUCAUCAAGUCCAACUGAAUGUGUCAAAGCACCUCGAUACCGUAUAUAUAAUCCAUUUUCUACUACACUGAAUAAGAGUGCAUCUUGGCAAAUAGCACAAUGGGCUAGUCAUUCAAAUUUAUCCACUAAUGGUACUUUAAUUGAGGAUGAAAAAAGUAAAGGUAUGCAAUGGUCAACAGUAGAUAAACGUUUUAUAAUUUUUCAGGAUGGUCGUUUACAAAUGGUCGUGAAUGGAUAUCAUGAAUAUGAUGGUCAAUAUGAACCACUUGAUGCACCAUGGAUACAUCUUCUUAUACAGCAAGAUAUUGGAAUAACAGGUGGUUCUGUACCAUUGAGUCAAAUUAAUGAAUUACGAUGGAAUUUAGAUGUUCAACUUUUAUAUAUGAAUCAACAUAUUCAACCACGUUAUGAUCCUAAUCUUCAUGGUGGCAUUUUUCCACUUUAUAUGACGAUUCAAAAUCUAAUACAAGGAGAUCCAGAAUAUGGUAAAUAUUUUUGGUUAGGUAUUUGUUUAUAUGAUGAUCGUGUUCUUAUGAGUUCGUCAUAUGUUAAUGGUGAUAUAGAUACUGGUUCAUUAAUAUAUUCACCAGCUUUUUCAAAUUUUGCUAAUAUUUCUGUUCAUUCUGAACGAAUGAAUAUUGGUUGGGAAGUAACGGGUUUAAAUAAUGGAACAAUUGAAAUAGGAAACCUUAGUUUAAAACAAUAUACUGCACAAAAUCCAAAAUCUUAUGAAUUUAAUUGUGAUGGUGAUGCAGAAGGAUGGAAACAAAUAUCUGAUUUACGUCAAUAUACGGAUAGUUCAUGGAAUGGAAUAUAG